GAGCCGCAGAGCAGUUUACAGGGAAUUGAACAUUUGAUCGAAGGAACCAUCGUUUGUCGUAGGAUAUGGCUGCGUCGGCCGCGAUUUCUCGUUCGUUUCUCAGAAAAUUCUCAGCUUGUUUUUCUCCCUAUCACUCACCGGCUCGAAUGUUUUCAACAACGACGACGAGGUUGAUUGGUUUGACUUCCCUUCGUCAUCAACAUCACCACCAUCUCCCUGCAAGUCUAAAACUCAAUACUGAAAUAAGAGCCAGAAUCCAUCGCUCAAUACUAAUGCUUAAUUCAACUACUGGGUGGAGACUAUUCAGCUCCGAGGCCAACACCAACAGCACCAAAACCUUCGCUUUCUCCGAUUCCGAUGACGACGACGAUGUGGACGCCAAGCGCAAGACCCAGAAGCAGGCGAUAGAUAAGAGCAAGCUUCCCCCUCCAUACGACCCUUUCAGUAAGAAACCCGUCAUUGAAGAACCCAAAGACCCCAAGGAUCUUCAAGAGGUAUUCCAUAAAAUGAGGUCCGAGGGGCUCAUUAAUAAUGCCAUCAAGAUGUUCGACGCUUUGUCCAAGGACGGCCUCACCCACGAGGCCAUGGAAUUGUUCGCUCAGAUCAAGGACAAAGGCGCCAUGCCCGACGUGGUAGCCCAUACUGCCGUGGUUGAGGCUUAUGCCAAUGCUGGGCAGAGCAAGGAAGCUCUCAAGGUGUAUAUGAGGAUGUUGGCCUCUGGUGUCAAGCCCAAUGCCUAUACUUAUACCGUUUUGAUAAAGGGCCUUGCCCAGGACUUAAAAUUAGUUGAUGCCAAGAAGUUCCUCGUGGAGAUGAUGGAUAAGGGAAUGCUGCCCAAUGCUGGAACCUACACUGCUGUAUUUGAGGCGUUUGCAAGGGCGGAGAAGAUGGAAGAGGGGAGGGAAUUCAUGGAGCAGAUUAAAGCUAAGGGCCUCAUACCAGAUGAGAAGGCAGUCAGGGAGCAUCUUAGCAAGAGGGGCCAGGUAUUUAGAAGUGUUAUGAAUAUGCUUUUUGGAAAAUAAUUAAAUACAAAUUGUUUAGUCCAUUGAAUUGUACCACCAGCACCAAACCCAAGAAUUGUUCAACUAGAAUGUGAUUUAGAGGAAAAAAAAGGGUGGCUACUAGAAGAGUUUAGGAUAGGUUGUCUUAGCAAUUAGUGCAGGGUCCAAUGGAUGGAAAUAGAGUUGUCUUGCAGUCUUGCCUCUUUUUCUGGUACUACCACCAUUACCUGUCUUCAAUUCUGUGUCAAGGGUAAAGACCCAGAUUGGGGAACAAAUGUAGUUCUGUUUCUACUUCUAGAUGGGAAAUUUCGUACCA